AUGUCGGACGACGAACGGGACUUUGGUGGCAGCACGGCGCCUGAUGAUGAGGAGCUUUCGCUCCCCAAGGCGACCAUCCAGAAGCUCAUCCAGGACUACCUGCCCUCGGACAUGAGCUGCGCGAAGGACACGCGCGAUCUGCUGAUCGAGUGCUGUGUGGAGUUUAUCCACCUCGUGUCCUCAGAGGCGAACGAGGCGUGCGAGAAGGACUCGAAGAAGACCAUUGCGCCGGAUCACGUCGUCAAGGCGCUCAUUGAUCUCGGCUUUGAGAAAUACACACGCGAGGUGCAGGACGUGCUGAACGACCACAAGCAGCACCAAAAGGAACGCGAACGCAAAGCAUCCCGCUUCGAGCUAUCUGGGCUAUCGGAAGAGGAGCUGCAGCGCCAGCAGGAGCAGCUCUUUGCCGCGAGCAAGGCGCGCUUCGACGCGGCGAACUAG